GACUUCCGCCCCGUGCACCUGGCGUCCUCCCUGGGCACCUGCUGGCCGGCACCUUCCCCGUCUAGAGCCCCCGCACCCGGUUCUGCGCUCGGCAUCUGCCUUCUGUGGACGGGAGGCCGGGUCCUGGGACCUUCACUCUGACAUCAGGAAGCUGGUGACCUGUUGGAGGAAGAAGCACAUUGCCAAGUUGACCCCAUCGUGCAGCAUGGUUGCCUGAGAAGAGCUUCAGCAAGCACUGGGAUACCUGGAGGAAGAGAGAUGAAACCUUAGCCAUCCUCCCAGGAAGAGAGUCCAAGAUGGCAGCUCAACGGAUCCGAGCUGCCAACUCCAGUGGCCUCCCUCGGUGCAAGUCCGAGGGGACCCUGAUUGACCUGAGCGAAGGGUUUUCAGAAGCGAGCUUUAAUGAUGUCAAAGUGCCUUCUCCCAGUGCCUUGCUAGUAGACAAUCCCACACCUUUUGGAAAUGCAAAGGAAGUGAUCGCAAUCAAGGACUACUGCCCCACCAACUUCACCACCCUGAAGUUCUCCAAGGGGGACCACCUCUACGUCCUGGACACGUCCGGCGGGGAGUGGUGGUACGCACACAACACCACGGAGAUGGGCUACAUCCCCUCCUCCUACGUGCAGCCCUUAAACUACCGGAACUCCACUCUGAGCGACAGCGGGGUGAUCGACAAUCUCCCAGACAGCCCAGAGGAGGUGGCCAAGGAGUUAGACCUGCUCGGGGGGUGGACGGAUGACAAGGGAUGCAGCAAAACCUACAGCAAUAACCCUUUCUGGAACGGGGCCCAGACAAACCCAUUUCUGAACGGGAACGUGCCGGUGACGCCCGGCGUGGACGAGCUGACUCCCAAAAGCACCGUGGAUCUGCUCCUUUUUGACACAGGCGCGUCUUCGUUCACGGAGUCCAGCUCCGCCACCAUGAACAGCACCAGCAACAUCUUCGACGAGCUGCCGGCCGCGAGCCGCCUCCAGGCGGAGGUGCCGGGCAAGCGGGACAACCCGUUCUUCAGGAGCAAGCGCUCCUACAGCCUGUCGGAGCUGUCGGUCCUCCAGGCCAAGUCGGACGCUCCCGACUCAUCGGGGUUCUUCACGGGCUUGAAAUCCCCGGCCCCGGAGCAGUUCCAGAGCCGGGAGGACUUCCGCGCCGCCUGGCUGAGCCACCGGAAGCUGGCCCGCUCUUGCCACGAUCUGGACUUGCUGGGCCAGAGCCCCGGCUGGGGCCAGACGCAGGCGGUGGAGACGAGCAUCGCGUGCAAGCUGGACAGUUCCGGGGGCGCCGUGCAGCUGCCCGACACCAACAUCAGCAUCCACGUGCCCGAAGGCCACGUGGCCCCUGGCGAGACGCAGCAGAUCUCCAUGAAAGCCCUGCUGGACCCCCCGUUGGAGCUCAACAGUGACCGGGUCAGCAGCGUCAGCCCAGUGCUGGAGGUGAAGCUGAGCACCUUGGAGGUGAAAACCUACAUCAUCUUGGAGAUGAAAGUGUCAGCCGAGGUGAAAAAUGACAUCUUUAGCAAAAGCACAGUGGGCCUCCAGUGCCUGAGGAGCGACUUGAAGGAAGGGCCCUAUGUCCCCAUCCCCCUCACCUACAGCUAUGGGGACACGGUCCAGGUACAGCUGGACAACCUGGAGCCCUGUAUGUACCUGGCCAUCGUUGCCCACGGCCCGAACAUUCUCUACCCUUCCACGGUGUGGGACUUCAUCAAUAAAAAGAUCACUGUGGGGCUCUACGGCCCCAAACACAUUCACCCGUCCUUCAAGACCGUGGUGACCAUUUUUGGGCACGAUUGUGCCCCAAAGACACUACUGGUCAGCGAGGUCACCCGCCAGGCCCCCAGCCCCGCCCCAGUGGCCCUGCAGCUCUGGGGUAAGCACCAGUUCGUCCUGUCCAGGCCCCAGGACCUCCACGUCUGCAUGUUUUCCAACAUGACCAACUACGAGGUCAGAGGCAGUGAGCAGGCCAAAGUGGUGAGGGGGUUCCAGAUGAAGCUGGGCAAGGUGAGCCGCCUCAUCUUCCCCAUCACCUGCCAGAACCCCAGCGAGCUGUCCGACUUCACCCUGCGGGUUCAGGUGAGAGGCGACCAGGAGGCCAUCCUGACCCAGUUCUGUGUCCAGACUCCCCAGCCGCCCCCUAAAAGUACCAUCAAGCCGUCCGGGCAAAGACGGUUCCUCAAGAAGAACGAGGUCGGGAAGAUCAUUUUGUCCCCGUUUGCUGCCACCACCAAGUACCCGACUUUUCAGGACCGCCCGGUGGCCAGCCUCAAGUUCGGCAAAUUGCUCAAGACCGUGGUGCGGCAGAGCAAAAACCACUACCUGCUGGAGUACAAGAAGGGCGACACCAUCGCUCUGCUCAGCGAGGAGAAGAUCCGGCUCAAGGGGCAGCUGUGGACCAAGGAGUGGUACAUCGGCUACCACCAGGGCAAGGUCGGCCUCGUGCACGCCAAGAACGUGCUGGUGGUGGGCAAGGCCAGGCCGAGCCUCCUCUCGGGGCCCGAGCUGAGCACAUCGGUGCUGCUCGAGCAGAUCCUGCGGCCGUGUAAGUUCCUCACCUACAUCUACGCCUCCGUCAGGACCCUGCUCAUGGAGAACAUCGGCAGCUGGCGCUCCUUCGCCGACGCCCUGGGCUACGGGAAUCUGCCGCUCACCUUUUUCUGCCGGGCAGAGCUGGACAGCGAGCCCGAGCGGGUGGCCUCUGUUCUGGAGAAGCUGAAGGAGGAUUGUAACAACACGGAGAACAAAGACCGAAAAUCCUUCCAGAAAGAGCUCAUGAUGGCCUUACUGAAAAUGGACUGCCAGGGCCUGGUGGUUAGGCUCAUCCAGGACUUCGUGCUCCUGACCACGGCGGUCGAGGUGGCGCAGCGCUGGAGGGAGCUGGCCGAGAAGCUCGCCAAGGUGUCCAGGCAGCAGAUGGACGCGUACGAGUCUCCGCACCGGGACAGGAAUGGGGUCGUGGACAGCGAGGCCAUGUGGAAACCCGCCUAUGACUUUUUAUUAACCUGGAGCCACCAGAUCGGGGACAGCUACCGGGAUGUCAUCCAGGAACUACACAUAGGCCUGGACAAGAUGAAAAACCCCAUCACCAAGCGCUGGAAACACCUCACGGGGACCCUGAUCCUGGUGAACUCCCUGGACAUUCUGAGAGCUGCCGCCUUCAGUCCCAUGGACCACGACGACUUUGUGAUUUGAGCGGGUACCCUGGCAGCUGCCACUGCUCUGGGCCACACGCCCUCCAUCGGUCCCGGGUGCCCGUGCCGCCACGUGGAACCGGGGAGGGAGGAAGGGCCGCUGCUCACACACAUCCGGGGUCCUUCGAGGGCCGGACCCACACCCGAGGACCAAGCACACACAAUGCUCCACCACCCUCCUCCAUCACGGGGGGGUUGGGGGAGGCCUGAAGGGGAUUUCUACCGCAGGUCGUUGCCAAUCAAAUAGCUUUCUAUUUGUUAGGUAUAAAUGUAAAUUUAAAAUCACUUUUUUUAAAGUAUGGGGGGGCAGGCAUAUGAAAAAGGUGGUAUCUCAUUUUUUUUAAUGGACCGUAAAGGUUAAAAACACACACACACAAAAAAAAACCACACCUUAAUAGGGGAGGAUGCUUUGAGGUUUUUAUGUUCUAAGAGACCUUUUUAAAUUAUGUUACAGAUGUAUAUAUGUAUUUAAAGGUCACUGGGGGCAUUUGCGAUUCCCAGCCACACUUUGCAUUUCAACACUUAGCGCGCGGAGAGACGCUUGUUCAAGUGUUGGACCUCUUUUGCUCUCUGCUUGUGAAAAGGAUAAAUCAAAUAGGAAUGUGGUUUUUCGGUAGGUGAGUCCAGCUCUUGCCCAUCCUUUCUGAGAGCAUCCUAGCCCCUGCUGUCCCCUCUCGACUUCAUUCUCUUCUGUACCUUUGCCUCGUGUUACAGUGAGUGAUCAGCGACAGCACAUGUGGACCGUCUUCGAGCUUUAGUGGGCAAAGUCAACUCCUACGUGAGCAAGCAGGUGCCCUCGAGAUGAAAAGGCAGCUGGGAGCUGGCGUUCUUCACGGCCCCCACCUGUGUGCAGCCGGUCAUUCCAGAGAACAGUGCCAUUUGCCAUGCGGUGGUUCCUGCAGCCUCCAGCCACCACUGUCCUGUUUCUCCCCGGGGGCGGGGAGGGGUGCCCUGUGCUACCGUGUGCACAGAGGUGCCCGCUGUGGCUGGUAACUCCCGCUUCAUUCCAUAUGAAAUCAACCCCUCUCCCUUCCUGCUAGGCCCCCAGGGCCUAGGAAAUCGCACAGGGGACACCAUCUUUUUUGUGUACGAUAGAAAGAUUAUGCAAGCAGGAUGAACGUUUUCCAAAAAUGAAAAUGUUUCCCACCUCAAGUCAGGGACUUGGCAGAGCGUUGCGUUGAGGACCUAACCAUUGUAGAUCGGCGUGGCUGUGUGUGGGCCCGCGUGCUGGGCUCCAGGAUCACACUGCGGAGGUGGCAGCUCAGGAGGGAGGAAGGGGCAGGGCGGGAGAAUUGUCUGGCAAAUCAAGAGAGUUGAUCCCCGGGAAUGUGCCGGGACACGCAGCUUGCUCGUAUGAAGUGAUGUGGGGAUUCCUGGACCGUGGGAUACCUGGAACGCGUUCUCUAAAUCUGCUGUCUUGAAACAUGUUAUGUUAAUUACCUAGUGUAAUCAGUGGUUGAUCCCUAUUGGGCUGAAACAUUCUUAUGUAUCUAUUGAUUCAGAUCCUGAAGACCAACUGGCUAGAAAAAAAAAAACACACACACACAGAAAAACACUAUGUUUUUUAUGCUGCAAGAAGCAGGACACACAAUUCCCCACUCAUCCCAUGAAAUAACCUUAAAUUCCGCUUCUCAUUUCCACCUUCAUUCUUUCCAGAGAUCAUCUCUCGCCUUCUCCCCAAAGAAGAAGCAAAACCACUUGCACCUUAAACCGUGGAUAUUUUUCCUCAGGGGCUUUAAAUAGUUUCCUAUGCAACAUGUCUUGUAGCACAAAUUAAAUUCUACAAAAGUUGCAGUAAAUUUUAUUUGGAUAUUUUAACCUAUUAA